AUGGCCCACGAAAAAGGCUCAGCGCGUCCAGACUACGACACUGUGCGAGACUGGCUCGAGGACAAAGACGUCGAGGUAGAUAUGCUGUGUCGUAACGAGGCCGUUGAACAUCGGUGCUCGCACGUAGCGGCCAGGAAGAAAGCGUCCUUGGUCGUCAUCUGUCAUGGUCCACGACGGGGAUAUCAGAGGGAGCGCAGGCGGGACCAAUGGGAGGAUAUGGCGCGUGGCAAAAGCUGUCAUGGAAAUGUGUUGGUGCGGGCGCCGGGCGGCCUUUGGCCACUCGGGAUAGCUUGCAACUCUGCCUGGGUCGGGAGGGUGCCGUGCCGAUGCCGUGGUGGGCAUGGGAUGGGAGGCAGUGCAAUGGGCGACCUGAAUGCGGAUAGCUCGCACAGCUUCGGCCAUGGUGGUUUGGGGACGGGCAAGGACGGGCAUGUGCCCUCGAGCUCGAGGUCCAGAACAAGCUUUUUAGCGCAUCGGGACGGGGCUAUUUCAGGCCAACCACAGCGCCUCAAGCCCUGUAAGCGGCUUGGCGGCCUGAGCUCUUGUCCGCGCUUUGCCUGGCAGCUGCCUGGCAGCUGUACCCACCCACGGAUGCAGAUGCAUUUCUGCCAGACUUCCUCAGAUACCUCUGCUCUGCUGUGCACGAGAAAAAUGGGGCUGAACGAGGAAGAGGAGUAA